AUGUCUAAUCGUCGCAAAUACCGCCGCGUGAAACUCCGAGAGACGUUAGAUUUGGCAGUGGCUUUGAAAAUGCUCCGAUCGAUCCUCAAAACACCCCAGUAUGGGGGCUUUUUGGUGCGGUCAUACGAAGUCAAACCGCCGCAACGGUCUCUCCGUCCAAAGGACCAGGACCGCCUGACUCGGGCGAUUAGGCGCGCCGGUUUUGAUGGCCCGGAAGAACAGGAGAAGGUGCUCAAUGUCUUACUGCAGAGUCCGGCUACCAUGGACCAUAAUGACCCACGAGCCCCAUUCCUCGCCCAGGCGUUGGCAGCAUUACUAGUCAGCGUUUCGCCACUAUUAGAAUCCUUGAGUUUCUGUCCUGUCGGCCAGGAGCCCUCGAAACUCGCAAAACUAAGGGCCCAAGCCAAUGGAAACCCGCUCAAGGAAAGCGAUUACUUCUUUAAGUAUCUCUUGGACCGGGCGAAUAGUAGGCCGCAGGAGACCCUACCAUACCUAUAUUGUCUUCGCCGGGUCCGUUUUCUUGUCGAUCCUGAUACAAAAAUCAGUCCCUGGUACAAUUACCAGCGCUAUGAUCUAUACGGCAGCCUCAACCUAGUACGCCGGCUCCCCGCGAUAGAAUCUAUUCGAGUCGAUGCGAUUAUGGAAACAGAAAGCCCGAGUAUUGAGCCCCCACCCAGAUCCGCAAAUUAUUCCAAAAUCAUCAUUCGGAACUCUAAUAUAGAUUCCCGAUAUCUGGUGCGGACCAUUGAGUCAGCUAAACAGCUAAAAGAGUUUACAUAUGCGAUCGGUGGCCGAGGCUCGAGCGAUGGAAUGGGCAAUUUCAUCCCAGAUCACGUCUUGCAGGCGCUUUUCAUACACGCUGAUUCGUUGGUGCAUCUAGAUUUGGAUGUCGAGGCGGAACUUCCACUAGUGCAUAUAUUCGAUCCGACUCUUAGACAAUACCUUCUUGACGACAGCGAGGAUCGACUAUCGAGAUCCCAUCCCGCCUAUCAGCAGGAGUGGGCAGAUGAACUGCAAGGGCUCCAGGUAGAGCAGAGCAGUCAACCAUCGCCUUGCUCUCUUCGUGGGCUUACGAACCUGAAGAAUUUGAGUCUCGGCAUUCAUCUCCUCUACUACCUAUCGCGGGGAAUUGGCGCCGAUCAGGUCGACGAUGCAUCAUUUGCUAUUGUGGAUCAUCUCCCUCCCAACUUGGAAGCGCUUUGUAUCUAUGGGUACAAAAAGGGAAUGAAACCGAAGGUCGAGGGUCUCGGAGGCGAUGUGUUUACUAGGCAAUUGGAGAAAUUACUCGCCGAAAUGGAUACCAAAUUGCCCCGACUAUCAUAUAUCGAGGGCAUUGAUGAAUUGAUCGAAAACGCGGCUACCUGGCGACUGCUAUCGCCUUCCAUGUCGAAAACAGAGGCUCUUUCAAACACAGAUCAUAUGGCACAUUCAGCUUAA